AUGGGCAAGUCUAAGGCUAUGCCAGGAACGGUGGAUACCACCGAGGCCGAUAAGGCAACACCGAAGUCUAUUAUUAUUUACAGAGGUGAAGUGGGUAAUAAUGUACGUGCUCUUAUGCAUGAUUGGCGUGCCGUUUUCCUCCCAUGGAGCAGCAGGAAUCUACAUGGUAAAAAUCGUUCACUUAAAGAUUUCCUCGCUAUUGCCUCAUCGUUUAGUGUAUCACAUCUCCAGUUAUUUACGGCUCCAUCACAUGGAACCUCACUUCGUAUAAUGCGUUUUGCAAAUGGUCCAACUUUGUCGUUUCGUGUUCUUUCCUUUACAUUACGUCAUGAAAUUACGGCAAAACAGCGGCGCCCUGUUUCUAUGAGUCAAGCUGUUUGGGAAGUUGCCCCAAUUGUGGUAUUAAAUAACUUUACUCAUCCAGAUGCUCAACGACGUCCUGAGGUACCUUUACUGGAAGCCACUUUUAAAGGUAUGUUCCCAACUGUAAAUAUUCAACUUGUCAAGAAUAGUGAUAUUCAACGUAUUUGUUUAUUUCACUAUGAUCAUGUGGAACAGCUUGUGGAAGUACGACAUUACUUUAUUAAUGCUAAAGCUGUGGGUGUCAGUAAAACGGUUAAAAAACUCCUUGAACGCCGCUGUCCGACAAAACUCGGCACACUUGAGUCUAUAGAUGACGUGCUCGACCGCGAGGAUGUUUGGUCAGACACUGAUGGUGAAGGUGAAGAAGUUCCACUGGCACAACCAUUCCGCCAGCAUCGUGAACAAUGCCGUAUUAAACUGCAAGAGAUAGGACCUCGUCUCACUCUGCAGUUAGUAAAGGUAACGAACGGAUUUGCAUCAGGUGAGGUGUUGUAUCAUAAAUUUGAACAGAAAUCAGCAGAGGAAGUGGCACGAAAUGGGGCAAAGGUACGUACAAAGCAACGUGAAAAGGCAAAACGUAAAGCUGAACAGGAUGAAAAUGUUCGCAGGAAGAAAGAUAUGAAAGAAGAACGUCUGCAAAAGAAACGUCAACGGAGGGAGGAAGCCAUGCGACAGCAGGAAGAAAAUCCAUUGGAAGUUGCUGAUUCCGGUUAUGGUGCUGAUGCUGAGUAA